AUGUGCAACGUGACAGCUAAUCCUAAACCAGACAGGAUCAUAUGGAAAAGGUCUGAUGGGAUUCUUUCCAGCGCGAGGACUAUUGUUAGUGAAGGAAAUCUCACCAUACUGAAUAUCACUACAAAAGACAACGGCUCCUACGUAUGUACUGCGACAAACCCCAGGGGUACCAAAUCAUCGUCAGUUCUCCUUCGUGUCUAUUCAGCUCUCAAAUUUGUCAUCAAGCCUCCAUCGAAUGUGACAGUGAUGGCUUAUAAAGCUGUCAUUCUGCGUUGCUCUGCUUCAAGCGACCUGAUGCCAACCAUCCUAUGGACGUAUAAUGAAACUUUUUCCUUACCUUCAGGGGCGGCUGUUGACUCCUUGAAUGCUUUGAUAAUUUUAUCUGCUAACAUAUCUCAUUCUGGUACCUACACUUGCAAUGCGACCGAUGCAUUCAGCUCAAUUCAAACAAGUGUCACUGUUCAUGUCAAAUACCCUGAAACAUGCUCCAAACUGAAGGCAAACAUCAGCGACGUCAGUGGUGAUUACCUUAUCGAUCCUGACGGUGACCUUGGCGAGGAUCCAUUUCCUGUUUACUGUAACAUGACUGACAAAGGAGGCGUUGGAGUGACAGUCGUCAGUCACAACAGUGAAAAUAGAACGCAGGUGAAAGGAUACGAUAGGCCUGGUGAAUAUUCCCUUGAUGUUCAUUACAGAUCUGCCAACAUAUCUCAAUUAAAAGCUCUGACGGAAGCCUCUGGUAACUGUCAACAGUUCAUCAAAUACGAGUGUUUCCACGCCAGAUUAAAUAAAGGUGGAUUUUCAUGGUGGGUUUCACGUGACGGCCAGAAAAUGACAUACUGGGGGGGAGCAAACUUAAAAACUGAUGGCUGCGCAUGUGGUUUAACUGGAUCGUGCGCCGAUGACAAAUCACUGAAGUGUAACUGUGAUAAAAAUGAUGGAAAGUGGCGGGAAGACAGCGGUUUCCUUACCAUCAAGUCCCACCUUCCCGUCAAACAGCUAAGAUUUGGUGACACAGGAGAUGCAAAUCUCAAGGAAGAAGGAUACCACACCUUAGGAAAACUAGAGUGCUAUGGCAUGACCUAGGUGCAUACAAAAUUGUAAACAUGAAAACUCGGACCAACAAAUCAUAUAUAAAACUAUAACCAAUCUCUACUGGGUCGCUUGACAUAAUUCCUGCGCUUGAGGUUUUUUGCUUGGUUAUACACAGUACUCAUUAUUUUUCUCAUUAUGUUUUACACUUUUUUUCUGUUUGAUUAUUGAUUCAUUUGAUUUUUGGUUACGCGACACUCAAUAGAAGAGCUCUCUAAUCUAGUGUCCCCCGCAUUAAAUGAUUCCCUCAAUAAUUAAGCUGUACAUCGAGAAACUUUAUUCAGCGAUGGAGUCAGUAUGUUAUUAAACACAUAUACAGUUAGCCUAUUUCUCUUUUAACCUGGAACGUGAUAUCACAAAUCGGCCACUAGGGUCCAAAAUCACAGAUCGGCCACUAGGGUCCAAAAUCACAGAUCGGCCACUAGUGUCCAA